AUGGAUUUUCAGACCUUCGUUCGCUCGCUCUCGCAGGACCCGAAACCCGCGCAUUCAUUCAAGCCGUCCGGCGGCGGGGAAGGCGGAGAGGCGCGCGGAGGCGCGCAGCAGGUGCGCGGCGGAGAGGCUGCUGGCGCAGCAGCACAGACGGCGCAAGAUUCGUUCUUUACCAGGCUGGAAGUCCCUGCGGAUAGAGACUUCUCCGCGGCGGCAAGCCCCGUAGCUCCCGCCGAUGCUUCCCACGCGGGGCUCUCGCGCGGGAGCGCCGGUAGCCGUUCCGCGGGUGUCGGAUCACACUGGGGUCUGGCGCGGUCCGCGUCAGACGCGCUCCAUCAGAUGUUCGGGGCCUCCGCGGGUGCUGCAGGGGGAAGCGCUGCGGGUGGCGGGGGGUUAAACGCUGCGGACGGCGGGAGGGAAUCAGGGGAAGGCAGUGGGGGAAGUCAGCGGGGAGCAGCGGGGAGGAACCACGGGGCUGGCGGAAAGGGGAGCGGAGGUUCCGCUGGGAGAAGCGCAAGUUGUGGGGGAAGUGUUUUUCUACCACUGAACCACACUCCCAACCAGACUCCAAACCGAAAUCUCCAGGGACCGUCAUAUUCGCGCCAGCGGAGCUUUUCCGCCAGUGGCGCAGCUUUUUCCGCCAUAUCUUCCGCCAGCCCUUCCGCCAGCCCCUACGCUAGCCCUUACGCGGGUCCUUACUCUGGUCCUGCAGCUGCCGCGGCCGCCUCUACCUCCUCUCCCUCCCCCUACGGCGGAGGGCUUGGGGGUUCAGGCGGAGGGCUGGGCCCUUCAGGCGGAAAGGGCGCAAGUUCUGCGGGGGCGAAGGCAGGGCCUCCGUUGCCUUUAUCGAGGUCCGCUAUAGCGAGGUUUAGGCUUCCGCGGAUGGCGUCAGAGAGCGGGCGGAGGCACAGGGCGUGGCAGGCAGACCUGGAAGAGGACGAUGGGGAGCCGCUGGAGGCGGAGGUGGUACCUGAUCCGGUGGGAUCCAAUUUGGCGGGAUCUGGGGCAGGUGUAUCUGGGACUGAUGGGUUGAAUUACUGUGGGGGGGAUUCUGGUGGAGGGAGUUUUGAUGUGGGGAGUUUCGGAGCAGGGGGUAGAUACGGUGCGGGGCAGAGGGGUGGGGGAGGGAGGUCAGGGUCAGAAGGAGGCGCGGAUGGUUUCAAGAGUCAGUCAAACCGGUCAAUGCAGUCAAUGCGGGGCUCGCCUGCAGCAGCAAGGGGAGGAGCAGCAGCAGGAGGGGGACGAGCGGGCGGCAGGGUGGGUGGCAGGGCGGGUAGCAGGGCGGGCGGCAGGAGGGGCGGCAGGGCGGGCGGGGCGUUUAUGAUGAGAUCGGCAUCGCUCGGCAACGCUGGGGAUUUUAUGGGGCAGCUGGAGGGUGAUGACGUGGACGCUGACGUGGAUGGAGAACUAGCUGACUCAGAUGGGGGCUUAGCUGGGGGUGUGGAGGCUGGGCCGGGGUAA